GAUGCUUCGUUGGUUGUUACUUCUAGUUGUUUUCUACACUCCAGGAAUAGUUUCGAACUCUCCAAAGCAACUACCUAAGGAUUACCAAGCGGAGUUUGCUUGGAAGUUUUACAAGCAGAUUAGUCAAUCGUUCGAAACCAAUAUCAUUAGCUCACCAUACCACAUCAGGGAAGCAUUCGCGUGUCUUUCAAACGUCUCGUUGCCUUCAAAUACAUUGAGCAAAGAGUUCCAGAAGGCAAUUCUGCUCCCCAGGACUAACCUAAUUCACACCAGAUACGACCUGCAACGGGAGCGCUUUCAGUGUCGUGAUGAGCUGAGAGUUGCCACGUUGGCCGCUGGAUUGGGCACAAAGCACGUGCUAGACGGCAUGUUCAGAUCAACGAUGGACCAUUGCAGGAUGUUUCAAACGAGGGUUGCAACUGAUCAUGCGAUAAAGAUGACGCAAAAGUUGAACGGAGUGUUUUGGAAUGCGUCUAAUAAUGAGAUGAGAAAGUUUUUGAGCCCCAAUGAUAUCGACGUUGAUUGGGAUUUUCUCAUUAUGAACUCUGUUGUAUUGAGUGCUCAGUGGAAGUACCAGUUUAAGCCAAGUGAUACAACAGUGUGCCCUUUUUACGCUAGCAAAUCCAAGCAAAUUUACACAGAGUUUAUGCAAGUUGAAGGAUACUUCCGGUACGGAUAUUUUUCGCAAUGGAAUUUGGCAGCUGUUGAAGUUCCUUUCAAGGACGGUAGUCCCUAUUCAUGUCUGCUGAUGCAUUCUAUCGACGGAUCACUCUCUAAUAUGAUGAAGAAUUACGAUCAUAAUAGGUUUCGAGAGAUUUAUCAAAAGUUGAACGAAGGUAAAACGACCAUUAUUAUGCCGAAAAGUAUUAUAAGAGUGUCACUUAAGAGUAGCAACAUACUCAAAAGCUUGGGAUUGAAGACUCCUUUUACGGAGAAAAUUUGGAAGGUAUUCAAUUCACCAAACGGGGUUUCUCUUGGAGAAUUUAUGCAAAAAGUGACGAUUCAGUUUGAAAGUGGAGUUGGACAAAUAGUGAAAAACAUUCCUGGUCGAGAUCUUGGAAAUCAGUUUAUCGCCCACGAACCUUUUGUCUUCACCGUUUUUGAUCGGCAGGAGCUCACGCCGAUCAUCGUGGGACAUUUGAUUGAGCCAACAAAAACAGAAAAGCCCAAAUCGAAUCAUUUGAUGUGCCAAAAUCCACCAAGUUGGACGUUUAAGGGAUAAUUCUGCUCGAUUUGGUAGCCCUAGUAAAGUUAUCUUUGAAAAUAAUGUAUGAAGUGGGUUAUUGUAGAAAUUUUGUGACUUGUAAAAAGAAUAAAAGUAA